AUGUCUCAUGAAGACAAGGAGGAGUGGAACAAAGCAAUGCAAGAAGAGAUGAAGUCUUUGCAAGAGAAUCACACCUAUGAUUUGGUGAAACUACCCAAAGGAAAAAGAUCACUUAAGAACAAGUGGGUCUACAAGUUAAAGACGGGGGAAACUAGUUCAAAUCCUCGGUUUAGGGCGCGACUAGUUGUGAUGGGUUUCAACCAAAAGAAAGGUGAUGACUUUGAAGAAAUUUUCUCUCCCGUGGUGAAGAUGUUCUCUAUCCGAGUUGUGUUUGGGUUGGCUGCAAGUUUGGACUUGGAAGUUGAACAACUCGAUGUGAAGACGCCGUUUCUUCAUGGUGACUUAGAGGAAGAAAUCUACAUGGAUCAACCGGAAGGGUUCGAGGUUAAAGGCAAAGAAGAUCUUGUAUGCAUAUUGAGAAAGAGCUUAUAUGGGUUGAAGCAAGCACCAAGGCAAUGA